AUGCAUGAAGCUGUCCAGUUACAUAGCCUCGCACCUUCUGACUUGCAUUUAAGGCGACUCAGCUGCGGGGCCGGUGGUGGAGUGGGGGAAGAGGAAGGGGAGGAGGGCACGAAGAUGGAGGACCGCGCGCAUUUCUGGCUAAAGCCCGUAUCCGUCUGUCAUUAUUGGAGUGAAGAUAGGCAUCAUGGAACUACAGGAAGAAUGCAAUCACCUACUUCCUAUGAACGGAGGGCAGGCUCACGUGCCCGCGAGCCUCAAGAGGGGCCAUCCCAGGACAAAAGUAAUGCUACACACUCGUCUUGUGACGUUCUUUGCCUUCAUCUCUGGUUUGAUAAAUCUCGUGGUCGUCUGGCGUACUGUAUUCACUCCGAGUUCAUGUCCAACAACAAUUGCAAUUCUACAAAUGAAACUUAUACAAAUGAACUGUGGGAUAAACAUAUACCCUGGGAGCGUGGCAUAAUCGCCAUCGAGAACGGCGAGGCAAAGCGCAUGGGGCUCCCAGAUUCACAGCCAUUUCCUUGGGAUGCUAGCAAGAGCAUCUAUAUUCUCAACUCCCAUCAUAUUCUUCACUGUGUGAGCAUCACAUACGAACAUAUUCUGCACUGCCUUGAUAGUAUCAGGCUGGAGACGUUGUGCACGGCAGAUGACACACCAAGGUAUGUCCCUCACAAUGCAGUGACUGGGUUUCGGCCUGGUGAUGGACAGGUUCGAAUGUGUCGUGAUUGGGAGAAGUUGGAUGCUUUUGUAAACGAACAUAGUCCAUGCUAUCAGGAGCUAUCACACACCGAUGAACACAUAUCCAAUCUGGACAGAUUCAAGUACUGCCCCAACGAUUCUCCCUACCUUCCCAUCAUAAGGAGCUUCUUUGGAUAUGACGAGGAAUGGGUCCCAUGGCCGGAGAGUAAUUGA